CGACGGUACUGUUCCCAUCCGAAAACGACUCCAAACCGACCGAGUAUUCCUCAGCCAAAUCCGCCUUGACUAAGAGGGAAGAUCGUCCAGAAGCUCGUGGAUAAACUCGGGAAGGACUCCUCUUCCAAUUUCGACCCUUAUCCCCAAGUUUAAACGUCGAUUCAGAGCCAAACGGAAUCGAGAUUAGCUCGCGCCGCCGCCCCAAACUCUAACUGAAAUCGACGCGAUUCCCAUGCCAUACUAGGCUAUAAAAGGAUCCCUCGACCCCCAGCAGGACACCAAGCCCCUGCACGCACUCCUGCGGCCUCUCCCCACAAAGCCGACGCUGCUCCCGUCGCCUCGCUCGAUCUUCCUCACCGAGACCGCUCCGUCGUCACCAAAGGACUCUACGGCAUCGCGAGCUCCCGAGGAAGCUCCCUGUGGCAAGCUCGUCGACCGUCUACACCCGGAGGACCGUCACCAACGCGCACCGACCCUCUCCGUCGCCUCUCACCGGUGCCAGCACGCUGCAGCCGAUUGCGACGCCCGAUUCGCCGCAAAGCGGGUUCGCCACAACGCUCUGGUCGUGCUCCGCCGCCGAAGAUCCAGCACGGCAACGUCCCUGGUUGCAAGCAUCCAUCCUAUGGAGCAACCACCUCAUCCCACAGGCGUUCAAAGUGCGGACUGUUAUGUUGUGGACAUCGAACUGCAACCUGUCAAGGUCGUCGACGACGCCGAGAGCAACAACGACGACGACGGUAAAAACCGUUGCGUGCUGUGCACCGCGCCCCUUGAGUGGGUGGCUAUCGGGCGGUGUGGCCACCGUGUCGUGUGCCGUGGGUGCAUGGUGCGCAUGCGCUUCUUCUACCGUAACAAACGUUGCAUCAUCUGCAGAACCCGUUGCUAUAAAGUCAUCGUAACCAAGAGAGAAGCCAGCAGCACUGUCCUGUCGACGUUGCCGCUAUUUACGUUUCGAGAGGGCCGGGUGGGCAAGUACUGGUAUCACAGGCACACGGCGGCCUACUUCGAGGAUGAAGAAGAGUACGAAGCAGCGAGGGUUGCAUGUGAAGGAAUCCUGUCGCCGUUCUAUCAACCAUGGAUUUGGUUCAUAGUAUGGUUCCUUUGUUGGCUUAUGGAGGGAUCAAUUAUCGGUAUGGCUCUUGCAGACCAAACGAAGCCCAGGUCAACGCAAGUGAGAGCUUACGCGGUUGGUAUCUUCUUUCCAAUGUUGAUUGGUACCAUAAUCUGGUCUUGUAUCAAGUGCACACAAGAUCCUCUGGAGCUAGAACAAAUUCGUGAACAAAUUCGUGUUUUAGGGACUCCCUACUAGCAACUAGAAAGAACUACAAGGAGGCUUGUGAGGAAGAGAGGGCAAGCUGACCAUUUAUAUGUUGUGCAACAACUGUGUUUCCUUUAUCCUCGGGCAAUGACAGGACACGAAACAAACAGAAGCUUGUCGGCUGUAGUUGUCCUUUUCGCCUGGCACUGCAGUGCACCCGUUGCGGUGGCUCUCUUGUUUUUGUUUUCGGCCCCGAGAU